UGUAUCUGCCAGAGUGAGUGGAGCAGAAACGUGGACUGACAGAGUCACUGUCACGAUGGAAAGAUUGACAGCAAUAAUAUUUGUCCUUCUCAUUUCAUGUAUCUGCAGUAUAUCAGGACAGACAUGUGAGGGAAACUGUGGAAGAAAACUCCACACAUGUUCAUGUCACCCCACGUGUACGUCUCUGAAGACGUGCUGCACAGACUAUAAGGAGUACUGUGUGGACAUCUCUCCGUACUCUGGGUCCGCUUUUGGAGGGACCGAUUUCGUUGUCCUCGAUGCAACGUUCAAUAAGACGUCCCAUAUUGUUUGCAGGUUCAACCGAAAUAUCGACACUGUGGGGUACGUGGACGAAAACAGCAGAGGCCACUGCAUCUCCCCACUUCUCUAUGAAACGGGAUGGAUUUCACUGCUCAUCUCCUCAGACAAUGGAAUCAUAUUCAGCAGGAGUGGAGCCUGGCUCUCAGUUCAUACUGGCAAGUUGGAUUCACGGUUCAAGGCGACUCUGGUUAACGCAACAAAAUGGCAGUACUACGGCACACCUAAUGUCGGAGGCAGUCUCCACAUGAGUUGGGAUAAGUCUUUGGUGAGAGCUGACAGGGUCAACAUAGAGCUGUGGGGAUACAAGGAGACCGGUGAACCGUAUACAAACUCGUGGCAGGGUCAGUGGCAGUAUCUGUACUCACUUGCAAAGGAUCGGACAAACAGUGGUUCCUUCAGCUUUGUGCCCAAACCGUCAGAGAAGUUUUCAAGUUGGGAACUCGGCGCCGUCAGAGUCAGUCACAGUAACUAUUCCGACGGCAUGUGGAAUGUGCAGGCUGCGUGGACGGAGGAUCACGCUCUGGCUUGGCACCUGGAGGAUCAUUUUCGGCAGAACUCGGCAGUUUGGGCCGAGGGCAAAUGUUUAGCGUGGGACCAGCUGGAAGAGAAUCUGCCCAACUUCCUGAGUGAGAUCAUAGACUGUCCCUGCACUCUGGCUCAGGCCAGAGCAGACACUGGCCGGUUUCAUACGGAUUAUGGCUGUGACAUAGAGAAGGGGAGUGUUUGCACUUAUCACCCUGGGUGUGUUCACUGUGUGAGGGCCAUACAAGCCAGUCCUGAGUACGCAGCAGGACAACAGUGUUGUUACGACAGCACCGGUGCUCAAGUCCUGACUGGAGACUCCAUUGGGGGAAGCACACCAGACCGAGCGCACGACUGGGGCUCACCUCCCUUCAUGAGACCCCCGAGGAUCCCCGGACAGUCCCACUGGGUCUACGACGUCCUCAGCUUCUACUACUGCUGCCUGUGGUCGGACAACUGCCACUACUACUUCAAACACCGGCCGUCCAGUGACUGCACACGUUACCAUGUGCCCAGCUCAGCUGUGGUGUUCGGAGAUCCACACUUCAUCACGUUUGAUGGUGUCAGCUAUUCCUUCAACGGCAGAGGAGAGUACACGCUGGUGAAUUCAGCAAAGAAAAAGCUGACAAUCCAGGGAAGAACAGAACCCGUGAAUGCCACCAUAAAGGCGACGCAGUUGACAGCAGUGGCUAUGAGAGAAGCGUCCUCUGACAUUAUUGAGGUGCGGCUUGUCGCUAACCACACCGGUCUCGAGGUGCUGCAGAAUCAAAAGUCUCUCUCCUUCGCUGAGCAGAGCUGGAUGGACCUGCAUGGUGUGUUUGUGUUCUGUCCUACCCCAACAAACGUGACCGUAAUGUUCCCCUCCGGAGCCGGGGUGGAGGUGCGACUGAGGGGGGGAACCAUGACAACCACUGUGCUCCUGCCACUGGAGUUUAUAAACGCCACACUCGGACUGUUGGGGAAGAUGAACGGGGAUGCCAGGGACGACCUGGUCCUCAGCCACGGCCAGCUCGUGAGGAACCUCAGCAAUCCAGAGGAGUUGUUCAGUUUUGGGGCAAGCUGGGCUGUAUACAACUCAUCCGCCUUGUUCACAUAUGAUUCACAGUAUCUUUUGGACACCUAUUACUAUGUUCCAAGACAUGACCACACUUUUAUUCCAGUGUUCUCUGUCUCUGAGAAUCCGGGUGAUCCGUUAAAUGAGCAGGCAUCUGAGAUUUGCUCUGGAGAGGGGUCCAAGUUCUGUAGGUACGACAUCUUGGUUGGUCGGAAUCCAAGCAUGGGAAAUGCUACGAGGGCGUCUUUUCAAAGUCACAUUUCUCUUGUGGAUAAUCUAAAGCAAGUGAUCUCCUGUGGCUGGCUUCCACCUCCGGAAAAAGGGAAGAAGGAGGGGACAGUAUACUUACAAGGAGCUACGGUGAAUUUCUCCUGCAAUGGCGAUUACACUCUCAAAGGAUCGGCAGAGCGCGUCUGCCAGGAGAACGGACAGUGGUCUGGAGAGGAGACACAUUGCCGUGUUCCAAUCCACUUUGCGGGAAUGGUGGCCGGUUCAGUUUUGGGAGCAUUAGCGCUGAUUGUAAUUAUAACAACAAUCGUAAUCGCCUCCAGGAAACACAAAAGAAAAGCUGCACGUUCAAAUGACGCUGUGACGAGUGACCACUUCUAAUCCUCUUUUUUUCUCUCUCUCUCUCGUAAGUCUCAUACUAAACUAAAACUGUUCAUAUGUUUGACCUAAUACUGAAAUAAAUGGAGACAACUUGUUCAUCAGUACAUAAAGUUUGAGAAGGAAUGGAAGAAAAGGUUUUGUUCUAACAUCUAUAGGUUGUAACUGUGUUGCACUUUUAUUGUAAAGUUAGACCUUUGUUGAUUUAUGUUUGUUCGUUGGUACACAAGUUAAUUCUGCCAAACACUCCAUUUUUAUCUAUUUUAGCGACUGAAGAAAACAUGUUUUUUGUGUCUUUGUAUUUGUGGAAAACAGAAAUGAAAACUAUAAAACAAACUAAACUCUG